ACGAGGUUAAAUCCAAGGGGUAAUUAGGGUGAACGAGGCACAGGUGGCGAAGAUCCUCUCAGGAGCAGGUGUGUAUGAAACAGGGGGAAGACAACAACCGGAACACUCACCCAUGACAUCGUGCAUACUGACAGCUGCUUCUUUACCUACUUUGUCUGCAUAUGCAUUUCUUAUUGAAACCGCAUCCAUUUUUUUAUUUUGUGUGUGCCGCACACUGCUAUUGCUUCGGGAAGUAACACUGCUUCAAGCAAUAAGACCGAAAACGUGGAGAAGCACACACUGACUAGUGAUUUUUACUGCAAGCCACAAUGUUGGUGCGCUCUCAAGAGAGAAGACCUCUCCUUGGGUUUUCAGCCCUAUUAACGCAAAGCAUUCCCCAACAAACACAAGUAGCAUCCACAGUGCCUCCAAGGAGUCCGAAGGAGUCCAUCUUUAUAUUGCAUUCUCUUACUUCGCCACCACCCUGGGCAACACAGGCACUUUCCAACCUGGAGCAAGGAGAGAGAGAACUGCAAAGCCUCAGGGAGCGCCAGCAGGCUGAGGUGGAUGAGGUGAACCGUGAGUUGGACAAUGCAGCGAUUAAUGCACAGAGAGAAGAGCGCCGUCUUCUUGAAAAAGUUGAGCGGGAUCACAAAGAAGCCCAGCGCCGCCUGAGUCAGGUUAAGAGGGAAAAUGCAGCGACAAUAAGAGUUGUGCAAUCCCUCAUUGAUCAGCAACUUCAAAAAAUGUGGCACCUUAAGGAGCAGAUACAAAGAUGGGGCAGUACAGCUGGGGGUGCCAACCAAAAUCAGCUUCAGAGAGGGGUAGCAGAGGUCACCCAACCUUGGGAAAUCUCUCUUACAAUUAAAAGGGUCAGCUUCCUACCACAUGAGUCAAAAACUUUAUGCUUGGGGGAAGUCGAUGUCUACGAGCAAGGUAUAACUUAUCCGAUUGGUGUCUGUGGUGUCCAAGGACAGAAGUGUGCAUUGCACUCAGGAGACUCACCAUUUUCAAACAUCACCCCUGUAGAGAUUCAUAAAGAACCUUCAACAGUCAAAGCUGAGCAAAGGCAAAGUCCAGAGGAGAGCACAAAGACAACGUGUGGGAACCUGCAAAUUUUCCAGAAACAAAAUCUGUUGAGUUCUACUGCAAAUGAGGAGCUCAGAUCAUCAAUGGCCCCCACACCAAAAUAUCGUGGCAUAUCAGAGUCCUCCCAAGAGGAGCAAGCUAACUCAAUGUGUUCAGACAUACAUGGACAAGACUUGUUAACCACUAUUCCAGCAGUCUCUAGUCAAGGAGAAUCUGAAGGUGAUGAAUCAGAUGGCAAAUGGCAUGCAACCAAGAGGCGCUACACUGUAAAGGGAAAAAAAAAGAAAAAAAACUUUGUCCUUGUCUCAUGUGAAGAAACAUCCUUCCCUCUAGAAAGUGAUUCCCUCUCCAGGUACAGUCUUGGACACCUUUCCACAAGAGCUAAUUCAUUUUCUCAAAAUGAGUCAUCAAAGGACAGUGGAAGCCCUCCAUCCCCAGCAGCCAGUGAGGAUUCAUUUUACGUGUACCCUGAGAUUAUACCAGUCAAUGAAUCCUUCAAGCAGGAGCAACGCCUCUCACUUUCACCUGACGACUUCUCUGGCAAACUAAGCCCUGUGAACCAUGGUGACAAAGGUGUCUCUGGAGCCAUCAGGAGGGUCAACAGAAUACGCCUGGCAGCUGAACCAUCAACUCUUGAACAAGGCCAUGGACAUGGCUCAGAGUCAGAACCAAACAGUAACACUACAGAUGCAGAGAAACCAUGUUCUCGACCCCAUACAUCCAUUAGAAAGAUGUUUGGUUUAAAUCCUGUGAAUCGAUCUUUGUCCAUCCCAGACAUAAAAAGGGAGGAAUCACAGCAAUACAAAAAUGACAACAAACAGAACGAUGUGGCAGCUUUGAGGGAGCUGGAGGAAGAGCGUGGUUCAACUGCGCUUGACUCCGCUUAUCUGGUUAAACAAUUUGGAAAGCAAGGAUCAGGCCGCACUGAUUUCAACCUACCAAGUGGUAUACAUGCAACUGUUAAAGGGCAGCUGUUCGUGGUGGAUUGUGGAAACGCCCGGAUUCAGGUCACCGACCUCCAGAAGAACGUUGUGCAGCAGGUGUCCCCUUCUGGACCGGAGAGAUCUUCCCGUAUCUGCAAUUACUUUGACGUGGCUGUCAAUUCAAAAGGACUCAUUGCUCUGACUUGUGCUGCUGAACGAGCCGUGUUGGUCUUCAACCGUCAUGGACGCCUAUUGCAGACAUUUGGAGGCACAAUGAAUGGUUCCACCAGUGAAGAACUGGAUGCUCCUCGGGGGGUGACUGUGACCCGUCAAGAUGAUUUCUUGGUUGCUGACAUCAAGCGUGGCUCCCUAACUUCCAUGAAGCUGGACCCCAAAACUGGGACCAGGCUAGAGCGUACAGUUAUCACAGGUUACCACAGACCAUACCUGGUGGCAGCCUGUCUCACAACUGGGCUCAUGGUGCUGUCCGAAAGAGGCAAUGAGACUGGCCGGGUGCCAUGUAUUCGGGUCCUUGAUCCUGGAUGGAGCACAAUACGAAUCCUCGGGGUCUGCUCUGGCCUCGGGCCCGUCCUGUCCUGUCCUUGGGGCCUUUGUAUCGACAGCAGUGGGGAUGUACUGGUGACAGACUGGGGCAAGCACCACCAUCGGGUUCUUCUCUACCCGUCCAAGGGUGUCGGCUGGCCGCUAGUGACAGAUAAUCUGAACAGCCCAAGAGGUCUAGCGCUGCUCCCUCACGGCCACAUGGCAGUAUCAGACAGUAUGAAUCAUUCCGUCAAGAUCUAUCGCUACAAAUGACCUCCAGAGGAUGACGAAGACGAAAGAAGUUUUGGAGGAAACGUUUUGAUUAACUUUCUGAUUACAUUACAGCAUGUGAAUUAUCACAUGUAAUUAUUGUACUUGGUCAAACAUGAGUAAUUUAAACAGCUGUAAACUAACAGUUUUAGCAACAGUGGUAUAGUCAUGUUUUUUGAGAGAUUAAACUCAUUUUUGUGCGACAAUGAUAUCAGAAUCAUCUUUAUUUGCCAAGUAUGUCCAAAAAACACACAAAGAUUUUGUCUCCUGUAGUUGGAGCCGCUCUACUACACACGUCUACACACAUUAAAUGCAACAUUAUGUACACCUGCACAGUCAGUUAAAACGGACCAUUAUUAUGGUUGUAAAUGCAGACUUUUUGGUACAGCUCAUCUCGGACCUCAUUGCACUGAUGCAGGUGUACCCAAUAUUGUGAACAGUUCAUGUAAAUUGAAUAAAAUAGAUAUCCAGAAGAUCAUCCGUCCAUUGUCUGUACCGCUCAUCCACACAAGGGUCGCGGGCGUGCUGGAGCCUAUCCCAGCUAUCUUCGGGCGAGAGGCGGUGUACACCCUGAACUGGUCGCCAGCCAAUCGCAGGGCACAUAUAAAACCAACAACUGUUCACUCACACAUUCACACCUACAGGCAAUUUAGAGUCUUCAAUCAACCUACCACGCAGGUUUUGGGGAUGUGGUAGGAUACCGGAGUACCCGGAAAAAACCCACACAGGCACAGGGAGAACAUGCAAACUUCACACAGGCGGAGCCGGGAUUUGAACCCCGGUCCUCAGAACUGUGAGGCAGAUGUGCUAAUCAGUCGGUCACCGUGCCGCCUUCCAGAUAGUUGAGGGGGGGGAAAGUAUAAUUUCAUUGUGCUUUGUUGUUGAGUUUUUAUAAAAGGACAGGUUGAGAUGGUAACGGGGUAAUUUGUACAUUGUGUGUAAGCAAUGUGUGUGAGUAAAAAUAAUAAAACUUCAAAUGAGAAUACACUUUCACAGAGUUGUUGUUUUCCCUGUUCUUCUAAUCUUAUUGUGUAAGACUUGUGCAAACAAUUUAUCAUCCAGACACCCACAUAAAGUAAAACUUUGACCACAUUCACACUGCUCUAAUUACUAAAAUCAGGACAAAAACACCACCGAAGACAUA